GCUUGAAAAUGAUGUCAAACAUAGCCUUCAGAUCAACUAUUGUCUUUCUUUUAUUUUCUGCGGUGCUCUCUACUCCUCCAGAGGAUCCAAUCAAGUGCGCCACUUCAGAGAACACAACCUGCACUAUCACAAACUCCUAUGGUGCCUUCCCUGAUCGAAGCAUUUGCAAAGCUGCUCAAGUGUUGUACCCCACCACCGAGCAAGAGCUUGUGUCAGUGGUUGCAUCAGCAACCAGAAACAAAACCAAGAUGAAAGUAGCUACCCGUUUUUCCCACAGCAUCCCCAAGCUGGUGUGCCCAGAAGGCGAAAAUGGGUUGUUAAUAAGCACCAAAUAUCUCAACAAAAUAUUGAAGGUUGAUGUGGAAACAAGAACAAUGACUGUGGAGAGUGGUGUGACUCUGCAGCAACUUAUAAAUGAGGCUGCAAAGGUAGGGUUGGCCUUGCCAUAUGCACCAUAUUGGUGGGGUUUGACCAUUGGAGGGCUUAUGGGAACUGGUGCUCAUGGAAGUACUUUGCGGGGGAAGGGAAGUGCUGUCCAUGAUUAUGUGGUGGAGCUUAGGAUUGUUCGGCCUGCUGGUCCUGAAGAUGGCUAUGCUAUGGUUGAGAACCUCAAUGAACAACAUGAAGAUCUCAAUGCAGCCAAAGUAUCACUCGGUGUGCUGGGGGUUAUUUCACAGAUUACUCUAAAACUAGAACCCCUCUUCAAGCGAUCCAUCACGUAUGUGGCAAAAGAUGAUUCAGAUUUGGGAGGCCAAGUGGUUGCUUUUGGAGAUGCACACGAGUUUGCAGAUAUAACAUGGUACCCAAGUCAACACAAGGCUAUCUAUCGUGUUGAUGAUCGUGUCCCAAUUAAUACAUCAGGCAAUGGUCUUUACGACUUUAUCCCUUUUCGUCCCACUCCUUCACUUGCAUCGGUUUUCAUAAGAACCACAGAGGAAAUUCAAGAAUCCACUAAUGAUGCCAAUGGAAAGUGCAUAGUUGCUAGUACCGCAUCAAAUACCCUUAUCACCGCAGCUUAUGGACUUACUAACAAUGGUAUAAUCUUCACUGGAUACCCUAUAAUUGGAUUUCAGAAUCGCCUUCAAUCAUCUGGGUCAUGCUUGGAUAGUCUUCAAGAUGCAUUGAUCACAACAUGUGCCUGGGAUCCUAGGAUGAAGGGCUUGUUCUUUCACCAAACCACAUUUAGCAUUAGGUUGUCCUUUGUAAAAAGCUUUAUUGAAGAUGUGCAAAAGCUAGUUGAAUUGGAGCCAAAGGGAUUAUGUGUCUUAGGGCUUUACAAUGGAAUGCUCAUGCGCUAUGUCACGGCUUCAAGUGCCUAUUUGGGGCACCAAGAAAAUGCUUUAGACAUUGAUAUCACCUACUACCGUAGCAAGGAUCCAAUGACUCCUAGACUUUACGAAGACAUUCUUGAAGAGGUUGAACAACUUGGGAUUUUCAAAUAUGGAGGACUACCUCAUUGGGGUAAGAAUAGGAACUUGGCAUUUGAAGGAGCCAUCAAGAAGUACAAAAGUGCCGAGUAUUUUUUGAGGGUUAAAGAGAAGUAUGAUUUGGAUGGGCUUUUCUCAAGUACGUGGACAGACCAAGUGUUGGGGCUAAAAGAUGGAGUGACAAUAUUGAAGGAUGGGUGUGCAUUAGAAGGUUUAUGUAUUUGCUUGCAAGAUAGUCAUUGCAAUCCAAGUAAAGGUUACUAUUGCAGGCCUGGCAAAGUUUAUAAGGAAGCAAGGGUUUGUACUAAUUUGAAAUGAGACCAAAUUUAUCAGAAAGGGCGAUAAUGCUGUAUGAUAAGUGAAUAACUUUUUAAAAUAAUAAAAAUAAAUUGUAUUGAUUACAAAGUUGAAAGGUUAAGUUUCUAUUGUAUUAAUUAGGACUCAUUAUGUGAAAGGUCAUGUAGUUACCUUUUAGUUUUAUUU